AAAUCUCUGGAUAUUUCCAUGGCUGCUCGGUUCGGUUUCUUCACUUUGACAGUUAGUGUGCUGAUUAUUCUGGGCUCAGAUGCUUUGACUACAAAGGUAGAGGAAACGCUGCAAUUCACGUACUCAGGAGCAACGGGGCCGGACAAGUGGGCGAGUUUGAAUCCCAACUUCUCCCUCUGCGCAACUGGGAAACUGCAGUCGCCCAUUAACAUCGUCUCUGCCCAAGCUGUUCGAAGCAGCAAGUGGAAGCCUCUCAUAAGAAAUUACUGGGCCGUGAAUGUCACUUUGGUCGAUAAUAAGUUCACCGUUGCGAUUGAGUACCCUGAUGAUACAGGAGAGAUAAGUCUAGAUGAGAAGCAGUAUAGGCUGAAGCAAAUGCACUGGCAUUCGCCAUCUGAGCAUAGAAUCAAUGGAAACAGGUUUGCGGCAGAGCUUCACAUGGUGCACGUAUCCGACGAUGGCAAAGUGUUAGUAGUAGCCACCCUUUUCCAGCUUGGACGGCCUGAUCAAGUUCUUCAAACGAUAGACAAGAAACUGUAUGAACUGGGGAGUGAGUACAGAAGCAGAAGCAGAAGCAGAAGCAGCGAGGGGACAGCGCCGAUACAAGUAGGAGUAUUCCAUCCGGCAGAAUUAAGGACAAGUCUGAGGAAAUACUACAAAUACACAGGGUCUUCGAGUGUUCCUCCUUGCACCGAGCAUCUCAUCUAUCUUGUUAUCGCUAAGCCGAGAUGUAUAUCUAAACAGCAAGUAGCAGCUCUCAAGGCUCCACUCCACAUCAGAUGCAAGAACAACGCCAGGCCUUGUCAGCCACUCAAUGCACGACACGUCCACCUUUACCAGGAUUAA